UGUACUCCGUUUUGAGUGAGUGAGUGUUUCGCAUCCUGGUGCGGGGCUCUGAGGAGGACUGCGCAUCACCAGAGUUGGUGCCGAAGUUCGACCGUGAACGGAUGUGAGGGAAGAGUGAGCCGAGUAAAACUCACCCACUUCUUUUUUUCUUUAUCUCCUGCUUUGGCGUUGUUUUGCUGAGACAAUAGUGAGUCAAAGACGCUGAAAGUGAUUUCAUGCCUUCAGUCUCGCACAACCUGAGAUGGACGUGAGAUUUUAUCCUGCGCCCCCGGCAAAUGUGGGUUCAUGCUCCCUACCGACUGAUCCAAGUUGUCUGAGCCCGUUGGACUAUUACCACUCGAACAAGGCCCGGUACAGUGUGGGUGAACGAGGGGUUAGGCUCCACACUGCCCCCCACCCAGGCAUCAAUCCAUCUAGGAAAAGACUGCCCACUGCUGUGUUUGAUGGUGACAACAUGUACAUGAAUGACAAUAACCAAGAGUUUCGGUCACCAAACCAGAGCUACUCCAGUCAGGGCAGAGGCAAUAGUGGUGGUGGAGGAGGAGGAGCAGGGGAUGAAGACUACGAGAUCCCCCCCAUCACACCCCCCAACCAUGCCGACCCCUCUCUGCUGCACCUCAUGGAGCACGAGUCAGGGUACCCCUUCCACUCCCUGCCUCACAAUGGCCUGCUCAACACCUACUCCUACCCUGAGCUGCCCGCCCUCAUGAUGUCCAACAUGCUGGGUCAGGACACCCAUCUCCUCUCAGGGCCUAUGCACUCAAUAAAUAGUGAGAAAAGGUCCUCAGCAGAAAUGAUGAAGCCCAAACCCAAACCCCAGAAGAAGAAGAAGAAGAAGGACCCCAACGAGCCACAGAAACCCGUGUCGGCCUACGCACUCUUCUUCAGAGACACCCAGGCAGCCAUCAAGGGCCAAAAUCCCAACGCCACCUUUGGAGAUGUCUCCAAGAUUGUGGCCUCCAUGUGGGACAGCCUAGGAGAGGAACAGAAGCAGGGUUACAAGAGGAAAACCGAGGCGGCCAAGAAAGAGUACCUGAAAGCCUUGGCCGCGUACCGAGCCAGUCUGGUUUCCAAGACAUAUAAUGACACUGAACCAAAAAGUGCCCAGCAGACCAGCCAGCCCUCCCACCUGCUGCCCCCGAAGCAGCCCCUGUACAGCGUACCCCCCCAGCCCUCCUCACCCUACCUGGGCCCGCCGGGUUCCUUCCCACUGUCAGACCUCCAGAGCUAUGCCGGGCCACCCCGCCACACCCUGGCCCAGACCCUCAGCCAAUCCCAGAUGCUGCCACCCAGCAUGAGUGCCUCUCCCCCAGCUCCCUUCCAGAUCAGCCCACCUCUGCACCCCCACGCCCAACUCUCCCUGCACCAGAGCUCCCUGCUCAACCAGCCAAUCCGCAUGCAGCAGUCGCAGCCAAUCAUCUCACACCAAAUGGGGCUCCAGGCGCCUCUGCAUUCCCCUCCUCUCGGCCAACAGGGAUUCUCCCAUAUUCAGGCUGAUUACCAGAACAGUGUCGGGGGCUCACAGUCUCCAGGGGCUCCCAACCCAGUGCAUGGCCAGAACCCUGACUGGGAUAGCGAGUACUGCAACAGGGACUGUGGACCCAACCACUGCGGCAGUGGCAUGGGAGCUCGGGACAAGCCUCUCUACCUCACUUGAAGUUGAAAGACCUCCAAAUGUCAGACUCCAGGGAGAUUUCCAACAUAACAACGUCAUCGAUAUAUCUGCUUCUACACCAUUUUGUUUUUCUUUUCUUUAUCUGAAGGAUUUUGAAAAUCCCAAAGACUGCUACAGUAACUUCACCUGUUUGCCAAGCACUUAGAUCGGCCAGAAGCCCGAGGCACUUCUCUUGCUUU